AUGGGAGAUUUCAAUAAUAUGGUUUUCAAUGCUGGGCUUUAUGAUCUUUCCUCUGUCGGGCACUAUUUUACUUGGCAUAAUCAGCAGCCUCAAAAUCCAAUUCACAUUAAACUAGACUGUGUUCUAGUCAAUGACAAAUGGCUCUACUGUUUUCCCAGCUCUUUCUACAAAAUUGCAGACCCGGAUUGCUCUGAUCACUCCCCUCUCAUCCUAACUUGCUCCACUGACAACAAACGUGGCCACCGCUUCUUAUACAAAAACUACUGUACCAAGUUUCUUGAAUUUUGGGCUUGCCUUUUGGAGGUUUUUUCUCAAACCAAUGAGAGUAGCCCUCUAAGCUCCUUCAACUUCAAACUCAAAACCUUGAAGAAUGCUAUGAAACACAAAAGCUGGACCAAUGCUAACCAGAUUCAAAGAGACAUUGAUAACCUCAAGGAACUUCAGCACUCUGUUAUGUCUCAAAUUCAAAACAAACCUCUUGAUCCUAUCUUGAAUGGCAAGCUCAACCAAAUUAAUUCAAACCUUGGUUUUUACCAGGAUGCACUCUCUAGAUGGAUUAUCCAAAGAGCCAAGAUUAAAUGGCUUACCCAUGGUGAAGAUGAUUUGAAGUUUCUCUAUUCCAAAAUCAACAUCACCAAAAACUACAAUAGGAUCAAGGCUAUCUCAAAUGACCAGGGCACAUAUACUAAGCAUGCUGACAUUGCCAGCGUUUUUAUAAAUCACUACAAGAAUCUCUUCAAUACUACUGCUUCCAACCACUUGGCAUCUGACAUUCCUGCUGGGAGACUGAUCCCAACUCACCUCACUUCAUCACUCAUUGCUCCGGUUUCUAGGGAAGAGAUUAAAAACAUAGUUUUUUCUGGCAAUUCUAAUACUGCCCCUGGCCCCGACGGCUUCACAUUCGACUUUUAUAGAUCCACUUGGAAUGUCUUAUAG